GCAGCCUGCAGGUGAUGGAGAGACCUGGGGGUAAAGGGCUGGGACUGGACAGGAAAGUGACUCAGCACAAAGGGCCCCUUUCAGGGACUGGCUGGUGAGUUUGGCCUACAUGAGGAGGGGGCUCCCUGUGUCUGUGAGUCCCAGAGCUGCUGCCCCCAUGGACACAGCCAGGAUCAAACCCCUGUUAGCAGUGGCAGUGACUGAGCUGCCUAAUGAGAGCAAAGGCCCAGGACAAUGGUGCAGUCGCCGGUUCUCCUAAGGGAAAAAGAUAAAAAGGGAGAGAGGAGAGACUGGAAGGGGAAACCAGGAACAACAAAUGGGGAGGGAGGUUCCCAGAUCCCAGACCUGCCUGGAUCCAUUCCCUGCAUCCCCCUGGGAACAAGGGGAGGAGCUGAGAGAGGAAAAGCCAGUUCCUGACUCGACUGAACACCGCACUACUUGGGGGGGAAGGGGAGAGUUAGAGGGGUGACACGAUAAUGUCAGGGGGAAUCCCCCAAGGUGCCUUCUUUGGUUCUGCUCUUCUUCCAGCGUUGGGCUCAGAGACUCUUUUACGGGAGAGUUUAAAAGUGCCCCGUGGGGUUUAGUUACGCUGGGAGGGCCCUGGCCUGGGUGGUAAUGAACUAACUGGGUUUCUUUCCAGUGUGGCAGAGUCCAGAGCGUCUGUCUGCAAGGAAAGAGCCUGGGGGGAAUCGGGCUGUGACAUGCACUCAAGCCUCUUCUGAAACCUUCCCAAUCGUCCUGACAGGCUGAGGAAUCACAUCUAGAUUUCACUUGAGAUCGUCCCGUCUUCCAGGGGACAGGGAAGGGAAAUGGCUGUGAUGGAGUCAGCUCAGGUGCUGGUGACCUUCGAGGAGGUGGCUGUCUAUUUCACCCAGGGUCAGGGGGCUCUGCUGGACCCCAGUCAGAGAGCCCUCUACAGGGACGUCAUGCAGGAGAACUAUGAGAUGGUGACCUCGCUGGGAUUUCCCAUUCCCAAACCUGAACUGAUCUCCCACUUGGAACAAGGGGAAGAACUGUGGGUCCCGGAUCUCCAGGCCUGUGAGGAAAGACAGAUCCCGAGAGGCAGUCACACAGCAGGUGAUGAGAAAGUGGAUGAGAAGAAGGAUGGGAAUCAUCAUGAGGAAGUUCCUGGGCAAGUGGAACCACAGGGGACCUUUGUGGGAAGAGCUGAAGGGAGUAUAUCCCAGUGCUUUGAAGAGGGAGAAGCCGGAGGUAAUUGGCACAAGUCAGAGAGGCAACUGAAAAACCACCCAAGGAAGAAAGUGGAUGAAUCUAUUAUAUGUGGGGGAGGAGACAAGGAUCCCACAGCCCAGCAGACAAAUCCCAAGGAAGAGAAACCCUAUCAGUGCCUCGAAUGUGGAAAAGGAUUCAUUCUCAGAUCACAGCUUGUGACAUAUCAGACAAUCCAUACUGCAGGGGAACCCCUUCAAUGCUUGGCCCAUGGGGAAAGCUUCAGUAACUGCUCAGAUCUUAAUAACCAUGAGAAAAGCCACAUGGGAGAGAAAUCCUUUCAAUGCCUCGAGUGUGGAAACUGUUUGAAUUGGAAGUCAGCAUUAAUUACACAUCAGAGAAUCCAGACAGGAGAGAGAUCCCAAAAGUGCUUGGACUGUGGGAAAAGUUUCAUGGAGAGGUCAGACCUUAUUAGACAUCAGGCAAUCCACACAGGAGAGAGACCCCACAAGUGCUUGGACUGUGGGAAAAGUUUCAUAUGCAGGUCAGACCUUCUCCAACAUCAGGCAUUCCACACAGGAGAGAGACCCUAUAAGUGCUUGGACUGUGGGAAAAGUUUCAAACAGAGGUCACACCUUAUUAAACAUCAGGCAAUCCACACAGGAGAGAGACCCUACAAGUGCUUGGACUGUGGGAAAAGUUUCACACGGAGGUCAGACUGUGUUAAACAUCAGGCAAUCCACACAGGAGAGAGACCCCACAAGUGCUUGGACUGUGGGAAAAGUUUCAUACAGAGGUCACACCUUAUUAAACAUCAAGCAAUCCACACAGGAGAGAAACCCCACAUGUGCUUGGACUGUGGGAAAAGUUUCAUACGGAGGUCAGACCUUAUUAGACAUCAGGCAAUCCACAGAGGAGAAAGACCCCACAAGUGCUUGGACUGUGGGAAAAGUUUCAUACAGAGUUCAAAGCUUGUUAAACGUCAAGCAAUCCACACAGGAGAGAAACCCCACAAGUGCUUGGACUGUGGGAAAAGUUUCAUACGGAGGUCUCACCUUAUUAUACAUCAGGCAAUCCACUCAGGAGAGAGACCCCACAAAUGCUUGGACUGUGGGAAAAGUUUCAUACAGAGGUCUCACCUUAUUAGACAUCAGGCAAUCCACACAGGAGAGAGACCCCACAAGUGCUUGGACUGUGGGAAAAGUUUCAUACAGAGGUCUCACCUUAUUAAACAUAAAGCAGUCCACACAGGAGAGAGACCCCACAAGUGCUUGGACUGUGGGAAAAGUUUCAUACGGAGGUCUCACCUUAUUAGACAUCAGGCAAUCCACACAGGAGAGAGACCCCACAAGUGCUUGGACUGUGGGAAAAGUUUCAUACGGAGGUCAGACUUUCUUCAACAUGGGAGAAUCCACACAGGAGCUAAACUUCUGUGACACUGGGAGAGAAAGGGUUAAGCAACUUGCAUGUAAUAGACCCAGUUCAACCUUUAGAGACAUGUUAAAAAAGUGUAUCCAUGUUAGAUAAGUUUGAGCUUUGAAAUGUAAACUUAUGUUAAAGACUUGGAAGAAGUUGGUAACUGUAGUAGUCUAUAAAAAGCAACAAAGAGUCCUGUGGCAUCUUAUAGACUAACAGAAGUAUUGGAGCAUGAACUUUUGUGGGUGAAUACCCACUUUGUCAGAUGCAUGUGGUGGAAAUUUCCAGAGGCAGGUAUAAAUAUGCAGGCAAGAAUCAGCCUAGAGAUAACGAGGUUAGUUCAAUCAGGGAGGCCAUCUUCUAGCAGUUGAGGUGUGAACACCAAGGGAGGAGAAACUGCUUUUGUAGUUGCCUAGCCAUUCACAGUCUUUGUUUAAUCCUGAGCUCAUUAUGUCAAAUUUGCAAAUGAACUGAAGUUCAGCAGUUUCUCUUUGGAGUUUGGUCCUGAAGUUUUUUUGCUGCAGGAUCUCCUUUAAAUCUGCUAUUGUGUGUCCAGGGAGGUUGAAGUGUUCUCCUGCAGGUUUUUGUAUAUUGCCAUUCCUAAUAUCUGACUUGUGUCCAUUUAUACUUUUACGUAGGAUUGUCCAGCUUGGCCGAUGUACAUAGCAGAGGGGCAUUGCUGGCACAUGAUGGUGUAUGUUACAUUGGUGGACAUACAAGUGAAUUAACCGGUGAUGUUGUGGCUGAUCUUGUUAGGUCCUGUGAUGGUGUCGCUGGUGUAAAUAUGUGGGGAGAGUUGGCAUCGAGGUUUGUUGCAUGGAUUGGUUCCUGAGUUAGAGUUACUAUGGUGCGGUGUGUGGUUGCUGGUGAGAAUAUGCUUAAGGUUGGCGGUUUGUUUCUGGGCGAGGACUGGCGUGCCUCCCAAGGCCUGUGAAAGCGAGGGAUCAUUGUCCAGGAGAGGUUGUAGAUCACCGAUGAUGCGUUGGAGAGGUUUUAGCUGAGGACUGUAGGUGAUGGCCAGUGGAGUUCUGUUGGUUUCUUUCUUGGGCUUGUCUUGCAGGAGGAGGCUUCUGGGUACACGUCUGGCUCUGUUGAUUUGUUUCUUUAUUUCCUCGUGCUGGUAUCAUAGUUUUGAGAAUGCUUGGUGAAGAUCUUGUAGGUGUUGGUCUGUGUCUGAUGGGUUGGAGCAAAUGCGGUUACAGCUCAGCGCUUGGCUGUAGACGAUGGAUCAUGUGGUGUGUCAGGGAUGGAAGCUGGAGGCAUGAAGGUAGGCAUAGUGGUCGGUGGGGUGGGGUGGUGUUAACAUGACUGUCACUUAUUUGUAUCGUGGUGUUUAGGAAGUGGACAUCCCUUGUAGAUUGGUCCAGGCUGAGGUUGAUGGUGGGGUGGAAACUGUUGAAAUCAUGCUCCAAUACUUCUGUUAGUUUUUAAGGUGCCACAGGACUCUUUGUCACUUUACAGAUCCAGACUAACACGGUUACCCCUCUGAUACUUGUACUAGUCUAUGUUUGCCUUUAUCUUGUUAGAGGUUAACAAUGGAACCAAACAGUUCUGUCUAGGGCUGUAUUCUGUUAAUUCAAUGAUCAAAAGGGAAUAAUAACAUGUAGAUGAAACUUGGGUGUAAUAAUGUCAUUGCAUGUCUCUUUAAAGUUUGUGGUAAACUGUC